GUUUGGAACCAGUUGGGCGACAAGUUCAAGGCAGGAGCUGGAAGAUGAAGGUGUACGCUCUUCCUGUAUUUGUCGUCAUUUUCAUUGUGAUCGGUUUGAAUGUACAUUCCACUUCGGCAAAAGGUUUGAUGAAAUUUGUUAAAGGAUGCCCAUACUGUGAUUCAUCAGUCUUCGGCUACUGUACAGACAAACUCCUUCACGAUGCGUGCUGCUGUUUGAACCCAUAUGAUAACCAGCUUCCUCUAGAAUGUAAAUAUGCUGACUGCUCCUUCCUUCAUGCUAAUUCUUGUAGGUACCAUCACUUGAUAACUAGAUGCUGUUGUAAUAAAUACAUAUGAAGACAUAAAAUUCAUUCGUGCUUUUGUAUACACAUGCCUUAAUUACUAGAUAGUUUAUUUAUUUUGUUAUAUAAUGAAUAAAAAGUUUGUCACUUCUAAAUAAAGCCAAUAAUAAUAUCACAACUUA